CAACAAAAACGAAAAGAACAACAUUGCCUGCCGGUUGUGGAAUCCUACUCAUAUUAGCUAAUUUCUACCAAAUUUUUCAAUUAAAACCUCCAAAUAUCUAACAUGACUACCUUGAGGCCCUUCACCUGCAACGAUAUGUUCCGGUUCAACAAAGUGAACUUGGACCCGUUGACCGAAACCUAUUGCCUUUCGUUCUACAUGCAGUACCUCGCACACUGGCCCGAAUACUUCCAGGUGGCCGAAUCCCCAACCGGAGAAAUCAUGGGAUAUAUUAUGGGCAAGGCGGAAGGUCAGGGAGAAAAUUGGCAUGGUCAUGUAACGGCACUAACGGUGUCUCCCGAUUAUCGACGGCUCGGUUUGGCGGCCACCCUAAUGAGCUUCCUGGAGGAUGUGAGUGAAAAGAAACGGUGCUAUUUUGUUGAUUUGUUUGUACGCGUCAGUAAUAAAGUAGCUAUCGAUAUGUACACCAAGCUAGGAUAUAUCGUAUACCGGACUGUGCUCGAAUAUUACGUCGGCGAUCCGGACGAGGAUGCGUACGACAUGCGGAAGGCAUGUUCGAGGGAUGUGCAAAGAAAGUCGGUCAUACCGUUAGAACAUCCAGUACGGCCCGAAGAGGUGGACUGAUAAAGUUUCCUUUAAAAAUUAAAAGCGGUAAGUUUUUCGAGGGAAAAAAA